AUGAAAUCCAUAUCGCUGCAAGUUGGACAAUUUGAAGUGAAACACAUCAAAUUCACUUUGACGAACCACGUCUUCUUCAAUACAAAAGAUUAUCAAUCUUUUGGUCUUCCCGAAUACGUCCUUAUCGACAAGUUUGUGUACACUGCGCACGCGCUCGACGUAGUCGAGGAGGGCAAAAUCAAUUUGAGUAAAGUCCAACGAACGGACUUGAAUUUGGGCAUCGACGAGAAAGUUGUUAUUCAGAAAUUUGAUCCGAACCAAACACAGCGCUGCACAAGUUAUAUUAAAGUAGAGAUUGGGUUCUUUGCGCGGCCGACUCAAGUUUCCAUUGAAGCGAAUACCAUUCGAGACAUCUUGAAGAAGGACUUCAACAAGCAAAUAAUCACAAGGAACCAAUCCUUAACACUCUCACUGAAGAACUGCAACUUCUUGCUUCGGUUUGCCGAAAUCAAUUUGAUUGGACCAAAAGGGGAAAUCAUCGAGAAUGCGGACAGAGGUAUUAUCCACGAGAAAAUACAGACAAUCGACGUCUGCAAAAUUGGGAAUGACGGUGGACUUCUGACUAUAGAAGGUGGCAUGACUCAAGGGACGUUGUUUACUAAGAACUUCAAUCCGGAGGGAAUGGGUGUUGGUGGACUUGAUAAGGAAUUUACAGACAUAUUAAGACGAGCGUUCAUGUCGAGAAUGUUUCCACCGGAGACUAUUAAGAAACUUGGUAUCAAGCACGUGAGAGGGAUAUUACUCUAUGGUCCCCCUGGGUGUGGCAAGACUUUAAUGGCGCGACAGAUAGGGAAAAUGGUGUCGAGUGUUGAACCGAAAAUCGUGGAUGGGCCUUCCAUCUUAAAUAAAUACGUUGGUGAGUCUGAGGCGAACAUCAGAAACUUGUUUGCUGAAGCUGAAGAGGAACAAAAGGCGAAAGGGGAUGACAGUCAGCUUCAUAUUAUAGUGUUAGAUGAGUUGGAUGCAAUUUGUAAGCAAAGAGGAAGUCGUGGAGAUUCCACUGGAAUUAUGGAUACUGUUGUGAAUCAGUUGUUAGCUAAGAUUGAUGGCGUGAAUGCGUUGAACAACAUCUUAGUCAUUGGUAUGACAAAUCGAAUGGAUAUGUUAGAUGACGCUUUACUGAGACCAGGAAGACUUGAAGUGCAAAUUGAAAUUGGACUACCAGACGAGCAUGGCAGAGUACAGAUUCUGAAUAUCCACACGAAGAAAAUGCGAGACAAUAAGAUGGUAGGGGAUGAUGUCUCGAUUGAAGAGUUGGCGAAACGGACGAAGAACUUCAGUGGAGCUGAGAUAGAGGGUUUGGUGUUGUCAGCGACUUCAUUUGCGUUGAAAGAGAACUUUGAUAUGGAGAAGUAUAAGCCAAAGACCGACAAAUUCAUCAUUAAGAAGGAACAUUUUGAUAUGGCAUUGAGUGAGAUGAAGCCAGCAUUUGGGAUGGAUAAUAACGACGUGUUUCCCGUCCUUCCAGACCCCUUCUUGGUGUAUUCUUCAGCUCAGGAACACGUGAGAGAUUUGUUGAAAGAGUCUGUACAGCAGUUGAGUACUUCCAAUGUGACAAAUAAAAUAGCUGUGAUGAUUGGAGGAAGACAUGGGUCUGGAAAGACUGCUUUAGCUGUCGAAGCAGCUAAACAGAGUGGGUUCCCGUACAUCAAAAUGCUUUCCUCUGAAAUGUUAGUUGGGUAUUCGGACCAAAUGAAGUGUUCUAAAAUUGCGCGAGUGUUCACCGACGCUUACAGAAGUGCGCAGUCUGUUAUCAUCAUCGACGACUUGGAAAGAGUGUUGGAAUACACUGCCUUUGGGCCGCGAUUUGAUAAUACGAUGUUACACUUGUUGCUGUCGUAUAUCAGAAAGCCCGUCCCACCAAAUAAACGGCUGUACAUCAUCGCAACGACUUGCUUAGCCCCAGAAAUAUUGAGAACGUUGGAUAUAUGGGAGGCAUUCACUCAACACUUACAUCUACCCGUCGUCACUGGGUUCGACCAGUUCAAAACAAUUGCAAAGGAAAGUGGGAUGGACAAAUACAUCGACGAGAUGGGGUGGGCUGACAUCGGGUUACAGUUCCAACAGAAGUGCAUUGCCAUUCAAAACGCGUUACUCAUGCUCGAAAGUUUCAAGGAGAUGAAAUACACCCCAACCGAUUUCACUAACCAAAUGUUGGCGUACUGUACCGAGGAAGCAGACCCUUGGGAAGAGAUCUCUAUCUUACAAUCAUAA